AGGCUCAGUAAGACGCUGUUCGAGCGAUUGUCAAGAGCAAAAGUUUCAACGAAUUAAAAAAAAAAAGGAAAAACUGCACAGUGAAUAAGCAGUAUUGUAAUUCACAACAAAUUUGACAAGCCAAGAGAAACAUUUCAAAUAUGCCGCAAAAGACCAACGGACACACAACUGCCACCGGCAACGGCUUCAAUAGCAACAGCAAUGGAAAUGGCAACUCCUACGACAUGGAAGAUGGACAAACAUUCCUCUUUACUUCCGAAUCCGUUGGCGAGGGACAUCCAGACAAAAUGUGCGAUCAAAUCAGUGAUGCUAUCCUGGAUGCCCAUCUCCGACAGGAUCCCAACGCCAAGGUGGCAUGUGAAACUGUGGCAAAGACUGGUAUGAUUUUACUUUGCGGCGAAAUCACAUCGAAGGCGGUGGUCGACUAUCAGAAGGUAGUCCGUGAGACGGUUCAGCACAUUGGCUAUGACGACUCUUCGAAGGGUUUCGAUUGGAAGACGUUGAAUCUGCUCGUAGCUAUUGAACAACAAUCUCCCGAUAUUGCCAACGGCGUUCAUGUUAAUCGCGAAGAAGAGGAUGUCGGCGCUGGUGACCAGGGUAUUAUGUUUGGCUAUGCCACCGAUGAGACUGAGGAAUGUAUGCCUUUGACGGUGGUCCUGGCGCAUAAGCUAAACGAAAAGAUCGCCGAGCUGCGUCGCUCGGAUGUGUUCUGGUGGGCUCGUCCCGAUUCCAAGACACAAGUCACCUGCGAAUAUCUGUUCAAUCAGGGAUCGGCUGUGCCUAAGCGUGUGCAUACAAUUGUUGUGUCCAUGCAGCAUUCGGACAAAAUUACGCUGGACACUCUUCGCUCCGAGAUUAUGGAGAAAGUUGUAAAAGUUGUUAUUCCCGCCAAAUACUUUGAUGCCAAUACCAUUGUGCAUAUAAAUCCCUGCGGUCUGUUCGUUAUUGGUGGCCCAAUGGGUGAUGCGGGUUUGACUGGCCGUAAAAUUAUUGUGGAUACAUAUGGCGGUUGGGGUGCACAUGGCGGUGGCGCAUUCUCUGGCAAAGAUUUCACCAAGGUCGACAGAUCGGCGGCAUACGCAGCACGCUGGGUGGCCAAGUCUCUGGUCAAGGCUGGUCUCUGUAAGCGCUGCCUGGUACAAGUCUCGUAUGCCAUUGGUUUGGCCGAGCCGCUUUCCAUAACCGUCUUUGACUACGGCACCUCCCAUAAGUCACAAAAAGAACUUCUGCACAUUAUCAAACAUAACUUCGAUCUACGACCCGGUAUGAUCGUAAAAGACCUAAAUCUGCGCCAACCAAUUUACCAGCGCACCAGCACAUAUGGCCACUUCGGUCGCGAUGGCUUCUCCUGGGAGCAGGCAAAGCCUUUAGAUAUCAAUUGACUAGACGCUGACAGUGCCUCGUCGUCGGAGUCGUCGCCGUGUACUAAAAAACGAAGGACAUUUAAAGAAACAACAACAACAGCAACGUAAUUUUUAGUUAUUAGUUAAAAAGUAAGUCAGGCAGCAGUAGGCUUGACAGCUUUUUAGGCUUUUUCAUUGCUAAGCUAUAAUAAAUAAACUUUCUAUAGUUCAUACAUAUUGUGUGUGUAUGCAGCCAUUUAUACAAUUCUGUUGUACUGGUCAAAUCUGCAUAUUCAUUAUCUAUAUGUAUAUCUAUAUAUAUAUAUAUAUAUAUAUAUAUCUAUAUAUAUAUACAUGUGUACAAUCUGUCAGUAGCAGCGAAUAUAGCUCAAUUACCAAUUCGAGAGCAUCUGUUUUAUCUCAACAAUUUGUUAUUUACCACAUCAGAAAAAAUUUUAAAUUUAAUUUUUUUGAAUUUUUCAUUUAAGAACUGUAAAUUUUAAAUAUUUUUUUGUACACUUAAAUAAUUAUUUACUUUUCGGAUGCUUUGAAUAUAAUUUUUAAUAUCCUGUGCCAUCAAAUGGGCAUAAAAUAGACUUUGGACCGUUGUGCAAUUGUAUGCUAUAAAAUAUAAAUUAAUUUUGAUACGCAUCAGAAACAAAGUCGAUCGAUCCUGCUAAGUCUAUUUAAUUAUUCGUAAUAUAUGCAAGUUUGUGUAGAUCAGGCCGGACUUGGGUACAGGAUAUCUUGUAGUCAUGUAGAGCAUUCUUAAUUGUUCAUUAAUUGCUAUUUUGUCUUGUCGAUUUUGGUAUUUAACCAAUACUUUUAAUCAACUUAAGUGUACAUUACUUAGACUUACCAAGUUUUGUAUUUGCUGUAUUUUCCUUUACAAAAAUAUAUUUUUGAAUACAA